AUGGGGACCGAGCGUGUCCCAGCGGGAUUGUGCAAACUCCCAGCUCCGGGAGCUGAACUCGCUCCGUAUCUCGGCGCUGCACUUUGCACCCCGGCUGCCGUGACCUCACGCCGGCUGCCCGGGCAGCGUUUAAAGUCCAGGCAGAGCGGUGCCGCUGCCUCCUGCCCAGAGCAGCUCAUCCCCGCCGCUGCUGCCCCUCUGCCCGCCCGGGGCUCGGGUUCAGCCCUGAGCAUGCGGCUGCUGCUGGGGGCAGCGCUCCUGUGCCUCAGCCUGCGCCUGGGGCACGGCUCCGAGGAGGCAGCGCCCGACAGCCCCGGCCAGCAGGACUCCCAGGCAGGGUCAUCCUAUUCCGACUGGGGCAUCGACACCAUCCGGGAUGGCUUUGAAGCGGUGAACAGCUACUUCGACUCCUUCUUGGAACUGCUCGGGGGGAAAAACGGAGUCUGUCAGUACCGCUGCCGAUAUGGGAAGGCUCCCAUGCCACGGCCUCACUACAAACCCCAAGAACCCAAUGGCUGUAGCUCCCAUUUUCUGGGGCUCAAGGUACCUGAAAGUCUAGACUUGGGCAUCCCUGCCAUGACCAAGUGCUGUAACCAGCUGGAUGUUUGCUAUGACACCUGUGGGGCCAACAAGUACCGCUGCGACGCCAAGUUCCGCUGGUGCCUCCACUCCAUCUGCUCCGACCUCAAGCGCAGCCUGGGCUUCGUCUCCAAGGUGCAAGCCUGUGAAUCCAUGGCAGACACGGUGUUCAAUGCUGUCUGGACCCUGGGCUGCCGGCCCUUCAUGAACAGCCAGAGGAGCGCCUGCAUUUGCAGCGAGGAGGAGCGCGAUGAGCUGUGAGCAAGAGCAGCCUGCCAGUGUCCAUGAGCCCCUCUGCAGCACAGAGACUCCUGUCAGCCCUAGGGAUGGACACCUGAGCUGCUGCCAGAGCCCCUCUGCAGCACAGAGACUCCUGUCAGCCCUAGGGACGGGCACCUGGGCUGCUGCCAGAGCCCCUCUGCAGCACAGAGACUCCUGUCAGCCCUAGGGACGGGCACCUGGGCUGCUGCCAGAGCCCCUCUGCAGCACAGAGACUCCUGUCAGCCCUAGGGACGGGCACCUGGGCUGCUGCCAGAGCCCCUCUGCAGCACAGAGACUCCUGUCAGCCCUAGGGACGGGCACCUGGGCUGCUGCAAGUGCCCCUCUGCAGCACAGAGACUCCUGUCAGCCCUAGGGACGGGCACCUGGGCUGCUGCCAGAGCCCCUCUGCAGCACAGAGACUCCUGUCAGCCCUAGGGACGGGCACCUGGGCUGCUGCCAGAGCCCCUCUGCAGCACAGAGACUCCUGUCAGCUCCUGGGCACCUGGGCCAAGGCAUCCACAACAGCCUCGGGGCAGGGCAGGGCAGAGCCAGCCCAUGGACAGAGGGCAGCUGUGCCUGCUGCCCGCUGCAGAUGCAGCUCCACAGCCCCACUACUUCUUCCCAAGCCCAGAGGAUCCCAUGCCAGCUCUCUCCAAGGCAAGCAGGAUGCAGUGCUGCUUAUAAACACAGGACUUACCUUAAAUACAUGCUAUUACCUCCCCCCA